AUGUUCCAGUUCAGAAUUCUUUGGCUCGAUGCAAAUUCAUCAGAUCCAAUGAGUAGCUUUCGCAUUAAACUUGGUGAUGCAGAAACAUUCACAGAUAUAAAUGGUUGUAUUCAAUAUAUCCAAUCUCAUCCAGAUCAAUCGAUUUAUCUUAUUAUUUCGGGUUCAUUUGCUAGAGAUAUUGUCCCAAAAAUCUAUGAUUCUUCAAAUGUUAUACAAAUCUUUCUUUUUUGUGGCUCAGUUAAAGCUUAUGCGGAAUGGGGACUGGACUAUUGUGAUAAAAUGAUGAUAUUUGAUCAUGGAGAUGAUCUUUUGGAACGAUUAUGGAACCAUUUACACGCCAAUUUACAGGAACAAGCGGCACUAUGUUUCAAAUUUGUAGAGAUGUAUAAACAACGUGUUUUGCAAUACAAACGUCCUUGUGGUUAA